UUCUACUAGUGAUUCCUAUUGGACUCAAACAAGCACCUAUAAGGACAUCCUAAAGCGUAAACAUGGUUGAGUGGACAGACGCGGAGCGAUCUGCCAUCAUUGGCCUGUGGGGAAAACUCAACAUCGAUGAAAUCGGACCUCAGGCCUUAUCCAGGUGUCUGAUCGUGUAUCCCUGGACUCAGAGAUAUUUCUCAACUUUUGGCAACCUGUCAAGCCCCGCUGCAAUCAUGGGUAACGCCAAGGUGGCAGCUCAUGGGAGGACUGUGAUGGGAGGUUUGGAGAGAGCCAUCAAGAACAUGGACAACAUCAAGGCCACCUAUGCCCCGCUCAGUGUGAUGCACUCUGAGAAACUGCAUGUGGAUCCAGACAACUUCAAGCUUCUCGCUGAUUGUAUCACCGUGUGCGCUGCCAUGAAGUUCGGCCCCUCUGGUUUCACUGCUGACAUCCAGGAGGCUUGGCAGAAGUUUCUGAGCGUGGCCGUGUCCGCUCUGGGCAGACAGUACCACUAGAGUCUCAUCACCAAUGAACACCAGCUGUAGGCUACUGCAGAAGAUCGCACCCCGCAGAGUUGUUCACACAAAGAUCUAACUCUUAUACAAUAAGAUCAAUAAAAUAAUGCUAAAAGCAA